AUGGGAGUCACGACAUCAGAGGCGAAAAACAUCACGUCUGACUCGGGUACAGGCCUUAUGGCCAAAGGACCCGAGGCUCUGCACGACCUCAUGCUGUCCAACAUCGAGACAGCCACGGGCCGUUCGAUGCCCCGUAUGGACAUUCGAUUCAACAACUUGUCAGUCACAGCCGACAUCGUUGUCGUCGAGGACGAUGGCUCCAAACAGGAGCUACCGACGCUGCCCAACACCGUGAAAAAGGCCUUCGCUGGGCCCAAGAAACGCUCGCUCGGACUCAAGAAUUGCCAAGACACGAUCGUCGGCGACGCUAUGAUCCGUGGUGUGUCUGGUGGCGAGCGGAAGCGUGUGACGACUGGCGAGAUGGAGUUCGGUAUGAAGUUUGUGUCGCUCAUGGAUGAGAUCAGUACGGGUCUCGACAGUGCGGCGACGUUCGAUAUCAUUAAGACGCAGCGCAGUAUCGCCCACAAGCUCAACAAGACGGUGGUGAUCGCACUCCUGCAACCGUCUCCGGAGAUCUUCGCUUUGUUCGAUAACGUCAUGAUCCUGAAUGAAGGCGAGUUGAUGUACCACGGACCAAUCAACAAGGUGGAAGGGUACUUCGAAGACCUGGGCUUCAAGUGUCCUCCUGAACGCGACAUCGCCGACUACCUGCUCGAUCUCGGUACUCGUCAACAAUACCGGUACGAGGUGGAGCAAGGGUCCAAGGCGCCACGUCUACCCGAAGAAUUCGGCGACAGCUUCCGUCAGUCGGCAUUGUACCAGGAAACACUCGCUGCGUUGAGCGCUCCACACGAUCCGGAGCUUCUGAGGACAGUUAAGGAGAACAUGGACCCGAUGCCCAUGUUCCAGCAGUCGUUUGUCGAGAGCACGGCGGCUUUGUUCAGACGUGAGAUCAUGAUCUCGUACCGUAACAAGGCCUUUAUCUUCGGUCGACUGUUGAUGAUUCUGGUCAUGGGACUGUUGUUCUCCACGAUCUACUACGACUUUGACCCCACACAGGUGUCUGUGGUCACUGGUGUUAUCUUUUCCAGCGUCAUGUUCCUGUCCAUGGGACAGUCGUCUCAGUUACCAGUAUUCAUGGCAAACCGCGACAUCUUCUACAAGCAACGCGGAGCCAAUUUCUACCGUACGUCGUCUUACGUACUCGCGAAUUCCAUCGCCGGUAUCCCGUUGUCAUUAGCAGAGACCGUCAUCUUCGGCACGCUGGUGUACUGGAUGUGCGGCUUCGCAGCUAACGCCGGUUUGUUCAUUCUCUUCGAGUUGAUCUUGCUGCUGUCCAACAUGGCUAUGGGCAUGUGGUUCUUCUUCUUGUCGUCUGUGUGUUCACACGAGAACAUCGCCACCCCACUGUGUAUGAUGUCCAUCUUGAUCUUCAUCAUCUUUGCCGGGUUUAUCGUGACGACGGACGAGAUCCCGGACUAUUUGAUCUGGGCACAUUGGAUCAGUCCAAUGAGCUGGAGUAUCAAGGCGUUGUCUAUCAACCAGUACCGAUCCAGUGCCUAUGACGUCUGCGUGUACGGCGCGAUUGAUUACUGCACGGACUACGGUUUUAAUAUGGGCGAGUACUAUCUGAACCUGUUCGGUCUCGACACGGGUAAGGAGUGGGUAUGGUACGGCGUCAUCUUCCUAGCGGGUAUCUACGUUGUGUUCAUGUUCCUGUCUGUUCUCGCACUCGAGUAUCUUCGCUACGAAGCCCCGACUAAUGUGGACGUGUCGGACAAGUCAAUGGAUGACGGUUCGUACGCGCUGCUUCAAACUCCUAAAAGCUCAACUCAAAGUGAUGUGGUGGAGGUUCAGGUGAACACGCAAGAGAAAAACUUUGCGCCGGUGACGGUGGCCUUCCAAGACCUGCACUACUGGGUCCCUGAUCCCAAGAACCCGAAGGGAGAACAGCUCGAGCUGCUGAAGGGCAUCAACGGAUUCGCUGUCCCUGGAUCGAUCACUGCUCUCAUGGGAUCGUCGGGUGCCGGUAAAACUACUUUGAUGGAUGUGAUUGCUGGCCGUAAGACUGGCGGCAAGAUCACCGGCAAGAUCCUGUUGAACGGCUACGAGGCGACCGACCUCGCUAUUCGUCGCUGCACGGGCUACUGUGAGCAAAUGGACGUGCACUCGGAGGCUGCUACCAUUCGUGAAGCUUUAACCUUCAGCUCUUUCCUGCGUCAAGACGCCUCGAUCUCGGAUGCCAAAAAGUACGACGCAGUGAACGAAGCCAUCGAGCUGCUCGGCCUGGAAGACAUCGCUGACCAGAUCAUCCGUGGCAGCUCAGUUGAACAGAUGAAGCGUCUGACGAUCGGCGUGGAGCUGGCUGCUCAGCCGAGUGUGAUUUUCCUGGACGAACCGACGAGUGGCCUGGACGCUCGCUCUGCUAAGUUGAUCAUGGACGGCGUUCGCAAGGUGGCCGACUCGGGCCGUACCAUUAUCUGUACGAUCCACCAGCCGUCGUCCGAAGUGUUCUACCUGUUCGACAGUUUGUUGUUGCUCAAGCGUGGUGGCGAGACGGUGUUCUACGGUAACCUGGGCAAGAAGUGCCGCAACCUGAUUGACUACUUUGAGGGAAUCCCUGGCGUGGCCCCGCUACCAGAAAACUAUAACCCGGCCACGUGGAUGCUCGAGUGUAUCGGUGCUGGUGUGAACAACUCGGCUGCUGACGAAAUGGACUUCGUGGACUACUUCAACAGGAGCUCGUACAGCGAACAACUUAAAGCGAACAUGGCCAAGGAAGGCAUCACGGUUCCUUCGCCCGAUCUACCGGAAAUUUUGUUUGACAAGAAGCGUGCUGCUAACUCAGCCACGCAGAUGAAGUUCGUGGUGACCCGUUUCUUCCAGAUGUACUGGCGUACCCCGAGCUAUUCGCUCACCCGUCUGAUCAUGUCGCUGUUCCUGGCUCUGAUCUUCGGUAUUGUCUUCAUCAACCCGAACUACGCUUCAUAUGCUGGUCUGAGCUCGGGUGUCGGCAUGGUGUUCAUGGCUGCGCUGUUCCUGUCCAUGAUGGCGUUCAACAGUGUGAUUCCGCUUACGAGUUCGGAGCGUCCAUCGUUCUACCGUGAGCGAGCAUCUCAGACAUACAACGCCUUCUGGUACUGGCUUGGAGCGACGUUGGUGGAGAUCCCGUGGUGCUUUGCGAGUGGCCUUCUCUUCACCGUCGUCCUGUACCCUCUUGCCGGUUUCACGGAAUUCAUGACCGGCGUUCUCUUCUGGGUGGCCAUCUCGCUGACCGUCUUCAUGCAAGUUUCUCUUGGCCAGUUCUUCACGUACGCCAUGCCGACCGAGGAAGUGGCGUCGAUCAUAGGAAUGCUGUUCAACAGCGUGCUAAUGAUGUUUAUGGGCUACAACCCGCCGGCGUCCUCCAUUCCUCAAGGCUACCAGUGGCUGUACACGAUCUCGCCGCAGAAAUUCCCCAUGUGUAUCCUGGUGGCUCUGGUCUUCACCAAGUGCGAGACGCUGCCGACUUGGGAUGAAGCGACUCAGUCGUACAUCAACGUCGGCUCGGAUCUUGGUUGCCAACCGAUGGCCAACGCUCCGGCGACGAUCGGCCACACGACGUUGAAGCAGUACACAGAGUCAUACUAUGGAUUCAAGUACGACGAAAUCGCCCAGAACUUCGGAAUUGUACUUGGCUGCAUUGCUCUCUUCAGAGUGUGGGGACUGCUGGCUCUGCGCUUCGUUAACCACCAGAAGAGAUAGAGGCCUGGUAUACCCGUCCUCGAUGCUAGAGGCGUG